AUGAUCACAUUCGUCCCUCUUUCGGUGCCAUAUGCCGCCGCUAAUGCUACGGCAGCGGCGGCGGCGGGAGGAGCCGAAAAGAGCGUGCGAACCAAGCUCGAAUCCGACUCAGCAAGCACCACAGAGGAGCAAGAGCAUCCACGCGCGCUCGCCUACCUGCUCCAGAUGGACGAUGUGCGCGUGCUCAUCGACUGCGGAUCCACCGAAGACUUUUUGUUUCAAGGUCCAGCCCAAGCAGGCGACAACGAAGAAGCUGCCGGAGAUGCGGAGGCUUCGUCACAGCAACCCGAAUCUUCCUCCAUGGCCCAACAGCGACAGGCCUCUGAUCUCGACCUUGACCAUCUCAAAGCAGCACCGCUCGAUGCACUGCUACGACAGCUGGCGCCCACCAUCGACCUUGUGCUGCUCUCGCACUCUUCGCUCGAUCACUUGGGCCUCUACGCAUAUGCCCAUGCCAAGCUUGGCCUGCGGUGUCAGGUGUACGCUACCAUGCCGGUGCAGAGCAUGGGCAAGCUCACAGUGCUCGAAGCCAUCCAAACAUGGAGGAGUGAGGUCGAUAUCGAAAAGGAAACCACCUCUGGAUCGACACGCCGCUGCCUCGCUACAGCCGACGAGGUGGAAGAGGCUUUCGAAGAGAUCAAGACGGUCCGAUACAUGCAACCCACCCAUCUCGAGGGCAAGUGCGCCAGUCUCACGCUUACAGCCUACAACGCGGGUCACUCGCUCGGCGGUGCCGUGUGGAAGAUCCGCAGCCCUACCUCGGGCACCGUCGUCAUCGCGCUGGACUGGAACCACAAUCGAGAGCGUCACCUCGAUGGCACCAUCCUGCUCUCUUCUUCUGCCGCUGCACCUGGCGCACCCGGAGCCGCAAGUGGCGCAGACGCCGUUCGACGCCCCGACCUUCUCAUCACCGAGAUCGAACGCGGCCUGGUCGUCAACACCCGUCGCAAGGAUCGCGAUGCAGCGCUGAUCGACCUGGUACACUCCACGAUCCAGGCGGGCCAUUCGCUACUUUUCCCCAUCGACGCCUCGGCGCGGCUGCUCGAACUCAUGGUGCUGCUCGAUCAGCACUGGGCGUACGCAUACCCGCAUGCGCGGUUCCCGCUGUGCCUCAUCAGCCGCACGGGCAAAGAGGUGAUCGAACGCUCGCGCACCUACAUGGAGUGGAUGACGCGCGAAUGGGCGACCAAGGCCAGCGAGACCAUCGAAGCGGACAAAGACAAGCAGCCACCGCAGCACCACUCGCGCAACGCCCGCGGCGGAGGCGUCGGUCGCACAGCUGCUGCGUCGUCCCCGCUUGAUUUUAAGUACGUCCGCGUCUUCCCCUCGCUGCAAGCCAUGGACGAAGCCAUCCCGCAGGAUCAGGCCAAAGUUGUGCUUGCCGUGCCACCGUCCAUGACGCACGGCCCGUCGCGGCGUCUGCUCGCGCGUUUUGCGCAUAACCCAAACGACGUCGUCGUGCUCAUCUCGCGCGGAGAACCGGGCUCGCUUUGCCGCGAGCUGUGGAACGCGUGGAGUGCGAAUCAGUCCAAAGGCUUUUCCUGGACGCAGGGCAAGGUGGGCCAAGCCGUCGUCCCCACCAACACUGCGCUGCGGUUCGAGCUCAAGAGUAAAGUGCCGCUCGAGGGGGAAGAGUUGCGCGAGCACCUCGAGGCGGAGCAAGCGGAGCGCGACCGGUUGGCGCAGCAGCGCGCGUUGCUCGCGAGGUCGAGGAGGAGGUUGGAGGCGGACGAGGAUGAUUCUUCGGACUCGGACUCCGAGUCGGGUGGAGAGGAGGGGGGCGAGGACGAGGAUGUGUAUGACGUUGCUACUGGUGCAGGAGAGCCGGGUGGAGGGGGAGUUUUGCGAAAACGUCCAUUUGGCGUUGCGUUCUCUGAAGCGGCCAACGGCGCGGUGGCAGGAGGCACAGCAGGUCAAGUAGCCGGAGCAGACACCAACCAGCUCUCGUACGACAUCUACCUUAAAGGCAACGCUAGUCGCGCCACCUCGUUCUUUGGCUCGAAAGCGGGGCAAGAAGGCCCCUUUGGCCUCGGGGUGCGCUACCGUCUAUUCCCGGCCAUCGAGCGCAAACGGCUUGUCGACGGUUUCGGUGAAGUGACCGACGUGGCACGCUGGCUGUCGCGGCGCCGUGCGCUCGAAGCCGCCGAAUCCGCCGCUGCCGACCCGCUCUCGGAGUCCGCCGCGCUCACCGCCGAGGCCAAGCGCAAGCAGCUCGCGGCCGAAGAGCAACGUGCCGCCGCGGCAGUUCCGAGCAAGUACGUCACCGAGGAGGUGCACGUGCGCCUCGCGUGCCGGGUGGCGUUCAUCGAGAUGGCCGGCCUCAACGACGGGCGUGCGCUCAAGACUCUGAUUCCGCAGCUGCACCCGCGCCGGCUGGUGGUGGUUAACGGCGAUGCGCCGACGAGUGCGGAUAUGCUGGGUGUCCUGCGCGGGAUCAAGACGUUUACGAGCGAGGUGUUUGUGGCUGCGUGGAUGGAGCGCGUAAGGAUCGGGCAGGUGACCAGUGCGUAUACGGUGCAGUUGGGCGAGGCGUUGUUGGCGCGGCUGGAGCUGAGCCGGUUUGAGGAGUUUGAGGUCGCGCAUGUGCGUGGUUUGGUGAAGCGAGGUGGGGAGGAUGGGGGCGAGGGCGCGGUGGCGGUGUUGGAGGCCGAGGGCGGUGGCAUUGAUGGCGACGAGGCGGACGGCGAGGAAGAGCACGGCUCUGCGCAGCAACGUGCACUCGCCGACCUGUCCACCGCCGGCAUCCUCAAGCCAUCCCCUCCCCCCACCGUCCAGGCCUCGCGCGUCUCCGCGCCUGCCUCCACCGCCCACGUGCAAGGCACGCUCUUCAUCGGUGACCUCAAGCUCAACACGCUCAAGACGCUCCUCUCCAGCACACCCUACCGUCUGCCCGCGGAGUUUGCGGGCGAAGGAAUGCUCGUCUGCGCCCCUGCGGCCUCGAUGCGUGGCAGCAGCAGCAGCGGCAGCAUGGGUCCGAACGCCGUGACCGUGCAGAAACAGGGCAAGGGGCGCAUUGUGAUCCAGGGCAACGUCACGAGCAGCUUUGGCAGUGUGAGGAGCGCCGUGUAUGGCUUGCAUGCUAGGGUGGUUGCCGCCGCGGGUGAUACGAGCGGGAAGGCAGGGCAGGCCGAGCGGGCAGAGGCGGUGGACGAGGUCAACCGCAUGGAAGAGGUAGUGUAG